UCCCCAGACAGAGGGAGCGAGGCCGGGCACAGCCUUCCUGUGUGGUUUUACCACCCAGAAAGCGUCAUGGACCUGGGGAAACCAAUGAAAAGGGUACUGGUGGUGGCUCUCCUUGUCAUUUUCCAGGUUUGCAUGUGUCAAGAUGAGGUCACGGACGAUUACAUCGGAGACAACACCACAGUGGACUAUACUUUGUUUGAGACUUUGUGUUCCAAGAGGGAUGUGCGGAACUUCAAAGCCUGGUUCCUCCCUGUCAUGUACUCCUUCAUUUGUUUCGUGGGCCUACUGGGCAACGGGCUGGUCGUGUUGACCUAUAUCUAUUUCAAGAGGCUCAAGACCAUGACCGAUACCUACCUGCUCAACCUGGCAGUGGCAGACAUCCUUUUCCUCCUGACCCUUCCCUUCUGGGCCUACAGCGCAGCCAAGUCCUGGGCCUUCGGUGUCCACUUGUGCAAGCUCAUCUUCGGCAUCUACAAGAUGAGCUUCUUCAGCGGCAUGCUCCUACUUCUUUGCAUCAGCAUUGACCGCUAUGUGGCCAUCGUCCAGGCCGUCUCAGCUCACCGCCACCGUGCCCGCGUCCUCCUCAUCAGCAAGCUGUCCUGUGUGGGCAUCUGGGUCCUGGCCACAGUGCUCUCCAUCCCAGAGGUCCUGUACAGUGGCCUCCAGAAGAGCAGCAGUGAGCAAGCGAUGCGAUGCUCUCUCAUCACGGAGCACGUGGAGGCCUUUAUCACCAUCCAGGUGGCCCAGAUGGUGAUUGGCUUUCUGGUCCCCCUACUGGCCAUGAGCUUCUGUUACCUCGUCAUCAUCCGCACCCUGCUCCAGGCGCGCAACUUCGAGCGCAACAAGGCCAUCAAGGUGAUCAUCGCUGUGGUGGUGGUCUUCAUCAUCUUCCAGCUGCCCUACAACGGGGUGGUCCUGGCCCAGACGGUGGCCAACUUCAACAUCACCAGCAGUAGCUGUGAGCUCAGCAAGCAGCUCAACAUCGCCUACGACAUCACCUACAGCCUGGCGUGCGUCCGCUGCUGCGUCAACCCCUUCCUGUAUGCCUUCAUCGGCGUCAAGUUCCGCAAUGACCUCUUCAAGCUCUUCAAGGACUUGGGCUGCCUCAGCCAGGAGCGGCUGCGGCAGUGGUCUUCCUGUCGGCACGCCCGGCGUUCCUCCAUGAGCGUGGAGGCCGAGACCACCACCACCUUCUCCCCAUAGGUGGCUCUUCCGCCUGGACUAGAGGGAGCUCUCCCAGGGCCCCUGGGGUGGGGGCAGGGAGCAGAGGCAUUGACUCAGGACAUGACCCAGCCAAAAGCUGCUCAGGGAAAAGCAGCUCUCCUCCCAGAGUGCAAGCCCAUGCUCCAGAAGGUAGCUUCAUCCCAGCUACCUCAACCAACGCUGAAAAGAGACAGGGCUGAUAAGCUAACACCAGCUGGGCAACACUGGGAGACAGAAGCUACUGUUCCCCCCAACCAAAGACUGAAAGUCCAGAAACGGUUCCCACCUACUGGAGUGAAGGGGUCGAGGAGGAUGAGUGCGAGGAGUGUGGGAGUGGCCUGGUGAGUCCUCUGAAUGAAACUUCCUCCGGCCUCCCGGAGGCUCAAAGGCUCAGGCCCCACUUCCGAAAGCCAGGCUUUGUCUCCCAGACCAGAGAUGGUGGGGAGACCUCUUGGAUUGGUGAGGAAAAGCAGACAUGAACCCGUCAAAUGAGCUCUCUGCACCCCUCCCUCUGUGGUUUGCUCCACUGUCCUCCAAGCCAGCAGCAAUGGCAGCGGCCAUGGCGCCCUGCACGCACACUCAAGCCCUCCCAGGCUCCUGACCGGAGAGUAUGGUGCUUCCCACAGACCAGGCCAGCUGCUCCACCUGACCAAAGCCACACUCGGCUCCAGAGUGGGGACGGCAUGCGCUCAGGUUGUGGCUCCACUGGGGUGGGAGGAGAGGACAGGGAAAAUGGCAGGGCCCGGGAGGGCAACAGUGGCUGCCAAGGCCCACAAGCUUCUUCAUUGUUCCUUGUCACAGGGACCGAAAACCUCUCCUGGUGUUCUGCUUUCAAUUCCUUAAGAGAGCAAUAUGUUACUCACACAAAUAAAGUUUUCCCUUGAGGAAACAACAGCUUUAAAGAAAAGGAAAAGAAAAGUCUUUGGUAAAUGGCAAA